ACUGAAGAUAACAAAGGCUAUUUAAGCAGAGAGGACUUUAUUGCUAUAGUAAUGUUGUUUGGUUAUAAACCCUCAAAAGUAUAUAUGUUUUCAUAUGUCAUUAACGAACUCUUUUUCUGUAGGAGAGGAUUUUUGACUUUUAAAGAUUUCAAGAGAGCCUUAAUUUCUGUUUCUCAUAAGUUAUCUGAAAAAAUCAUAACUGAAGCCUUCAGAGAAGUUGAUCAGGAUUCUGAUGGCUGCAUCAGCUUCAAAGAGUUUGAAUCUACAAUGAAGUACGGACAAGAUGAAGUAUCACCAGAGUACUUUGCCUAA